CGAAAGCGGAGAACUGCAUCGCUUCAGGAAGAGUCUGCGUCGGUGCUUCUGUUUUCUACUGAAUUCUAGAAAGUUUGUCCUGUCCUGUCCUGACCGGGUUUUGCCUUUGUUUUGUUUUCUCUCCACCAUUUUCAUAAUUAUUUACGUCUUGUUUUCAAUCCUUUGAGUCAGUUCGAGUUUUUCACGUCGUUAAACUUCAUCUUUUUUCUGCUAAAAUGACCAAACCGAGUAGUUUUUGUGCUCCGUUGCUGCUGUUAUUGGUCUGGAGGGCGGGUGAGGUAGCUGAAGCCUGCAGCUGUUCUGCUAAACAUCCUCAACAGGCUUACUGCAACUCUGAUGUCGUUCUCAAAGCCAAAGUGGUUGGACGGCAAGAAAUUGUCACCGGCAACGACGUAUAUGGCAAUCCAAUCAAGAGGAUCCAGUAUGACAUUAAACAGAUGAAGAUGUUCAAGGGACCGGAAAGAGAAAUCGACGCCAUCUUCACUGGCCCUUCUUCUGCUGUGUGCGGUGUGAAUCUGGACAUCAAUGACAAAAAGGAAUACCUGAUCACAGGUAAACUGGAGUCUGAUGGCACCAUGCAUGUGACACUGUGUGACUUCAUGCAGCCAUGGGAGUCCCUGACCAUGGCUCAGAAAAAGGGCAUGGACACACGCUACGAGAUGGGUUGUGAGUGCAGGAUUAUCCACUGUGCCUCUGUCCCCUGUACGAUCAGUGAUCCUGCUGAGUGUCUAUGGACCGACUGGCUAAUGGAGAACUCCGUGCAGGGUCCUCAGGCUCGGCACUACACCUGCAUAAAGAGGAACGACAAUUCUUGCGCUUGGUACCGCGGAGCCGCUGCACCAAAGAAGGAUUUCAUGGACAUUGAAGAUCCAUAAACCUGUAGUCUCCUGACUUUACAGCCACCCCCUCCUUUUAGAACAGCUCCCUAACAGUUUUAAGGAAAUAAUCACACUGUUCUUCAAUUGCAUUCUGUGCUUUAUAACAUGAUGAUAACAUGGUGAUGCGACAAUGUAAAGGAAUAUGGCAGAGAUAACAUUCUCUGUUUUUUUUGUAAAAAGCACUUUGAGUCCCCAAUAGCACCUAGAUGCGACCUUGCUGUUUAGGAAAAAAAUGUUUACUGCCUUUUAUUACCACUGUUUUAGGUUUUUGGUUGGAAUUUAGAUGACUAAAAUAUAGGAGAUUAUGUUGACUUGAUUUUUAUUUUUUUUUUUUUUUUGAGAAAAUAUCAAACGAAUAGAAUAGCUCAGAUUUGUUUUAAGAAGCAUAAGUGAUUGAUCUACCCCAUACCUUGAUGUUAUGGUCUCUCUGAAAUGCCAUCAUUUGACAUUUCACAUACAGAUCCAGUAAAUAAAGAAAAGUAACUUAUUAGAAAUAACCAAAGUGAUUCGAUUUCUGUGUACAAUGUGGACUUAUACAGUACAAUAGAUGUAAACUGCUUAUUAUACUAUGCACAAAAGGCAUCUUGUAAUAAUUUAUGUAUGUUGUAAUAUAUACAUGUUUCUAAUUUAUAUCUAAACACUCAAUUUUGGUAAUUGGUUAGAAAAUAGGGCUUUUAUUUGCAUUAGGUGUUUUUAUUUUUUUAUUUUGUGGAACUUUGGUGCAAAGCGAUGGUACCGUUUUGUACGUUCGAGUUUCCAUUAUAGAAAUGAAUCCAGUAUUCCAGUUAUUCAACCAACAAAUGUGUAGGAAAUGUCACAGGCCUAAUUCAGACAUUUUGUAUAUCAUGGUAUCCUUUUUUUAAUUUCCAUAUGUGUGUUUGUCUGUUCGUGUUUUUAUUUUUAUUAUUUUUUAAAUUCAUAAAAUGUCCUUUUUUAAUAUCUUGAGGAGAAAAGAGGUAGUGUGAGCCUUCCGGUGCUGGAACCACUUGGGAAGACUAAUGCCUUGCCUUUGCAUGCCUUUCAUACUCCUGUAUUAUUCAUCUUGGUGUAACAGUUCCAUAUUCAUGAAUAAAAGAAAACAAAAAGCA